AUGCAGCAGCAGCAGCAGCAGCAGCAGCAGCAGGACUCUCCGCCGGCCCCCUUCUGCUGCGGCCUCCGCAGCAACAGCAUUUUUGCUGCUGCAGUGCAGCAGCAGCACCGCCUCAUUCGCCGCAGCAAGCAUCUUGUCACCUGGCUCAGGCGCAGCUGCAGCACCAUCAAAAUAUGGGCAGUGGCAGACGGGUCUCUCUGCCACUGCCUUGCUGCUCCUUCUUCUGGGGCGUCGUUCCUGCGUCUGCGUCAGCUGCCGCACCCGCGGAGCCUGCAGCAGCAGCAGCAGCAGCAGCAGCAGCAGCACUACCUGCUUGCUGCUCUCGACGGAGAGGGGCUGCUGUCGCUCUACGACAGCAGCAGCAACUUUUGCUGCCUCUUAAGAUUAAACUGCGGCGCAGGGGCUGGGCCAAUAGCCCGCCACAGCUUCUCAGCGCAGCACUUGGUGGUGCUGCAGCAGAUGCGGGUGGAGCAUUUGCUGCUGCUGCACCAGCGCAUGCAGCAGCAGCAGCAGCAGCAGCAGCAGCAGCAGGUGGAAGGGCAGGCGGAGGCGGAUGAAGAGAGCUCUGCUGCAGCAGCGCUGGCAGCAGUCAACGCAGCGUUUGCUGCAGCGCUGCCGCAGGCGCUGCGGGCAGGACACAGCAGCAGCAGCAGCAGCAGCAGCAGCAGCAGCAGCGCGAGAGCACUGCAGCUGCAUGACGAGAACCAAGCCGAGAUGCUGCAGCAGCAGCGGCAGCAAGCCUGCGAACUGCUGCAGCAGCUGCAGCAGCACGGAGACCUGCGGCUGCUGCAGAGCGCGGGAGUCCUCAGCGUUGUGAAGGUCUGGUCUCUGGAGCAGCAAGCCAAGAAACAGCAGCAGCAGCAGCAGCAGCAGCAGGAACAGCUCCCAAGGAAGCAGCAGCAGGAACAACAGCAGCAACAGCAGGCGAGGCAGCAGCAACAGUGGCAGCAGGCGCGGCAGCAGCAGCAGCAGCAGACACAGCACCAGCAAUAUCAGUGGCAGCGGCCACAAGAAGUGCAGGAGCAGCAGCAGCAGCUUCAGCAACAGCAGCAGCAGACUAAAAGCAGCAAUUGGCUCAUGAAUUACUGCAACAGCAGCAGCAGCGGCAGCAGCAGCUGUUUCUACCCUUCUACCGAUGCAGCAGCAGCAGCUGCUGCUGCAGCAAAACGCAUCGUUCCCAGGGGCAGCAAGCGCUGCAGCAGCAGACGAGCUGCAUGCGGUGGCAGCAGCAGCAGCAGCUACAGCUGCAGCAGCAGCAGCUGCUGCAGCACGCCCGCCGCUUCACAGGUGAUGAGCAGCAGCUGCUGCUGCCCAAAAAUAGGUGCAUCGAUUAGCAGAUGCAGCAGCAGCAAACGAGGCAGCAGCAGCAGCAGUAGCAGCUGCUGCAGCACAACGGCCAGCAGCAAAGGUCGAGCGAGCCGCAGGAAGAGGGGCAGACGCAGCAGCAGCAGCAGCAGCAGCAGCAACCGCAGCAGCAACCGCGGCAGCAACAGCAGCAAGAGCGGCAAGAGGCCGGCCUACAGCUGCGGCUCCUGCUGCUACUUGCAGCAGCAGCAAUCCAUAGCAGACGCGCUGCCUGCAGCAGCAGCAGCAGCAGCAGUAGCACCCCUUACAGCAGCAGCAGCAGCAGCUUCCCCUGCGGCAGCAGCAGCAGUAAAGGCAGCAGCAGCACCGCUGCCUUUAAAAAAGGAGGAGCAAACUGCUGCUGCUGCUGCUGCUGCUGCUGCUGCUGCUGAGCAAAGUUGCUGCUGCUGCAUAGCGAUUGACCCACUUGAUCCCGAGCCCCAAGUGCCCCCCAAAUUCAUAAAUUGCUGCUGCUGCUGCUGCUGCUCCAGCGAGAAGCGAGCAGCAGCAGCAGCAGCAACAGCAGCAGCAGCAACCACAGAAGCAAGCGAAGCGAAGCACAGUUUUGCUGCUGCUGCUGCCGCUUUUGAUGAAAUAUCGAAUACCUGUGGGAGAAGCGGAAAGCAGCAGGCAGACCCUCAAGAGUCUUCUAUUAAUCAGCAGCAGCAGCAGCAGCAGCAGCAGCAGCAGCAGCAGCAGCAGGUUCAAGUUUCUAUACAACCCACUGCCUUUUUUUAUUUUCCUUCUUCUGUUUAUUUCUGCGACAUCUUAGACAAUCAGCUGCUGGCCGUGUGGCGGGCCCCGCAGCAGCAGCAGCAGCAGCUGCAGCUGCAGCAGCAGCUGCAGCUGCAGCAGCACGUGCAGCAGCAGUUGCGCCAGCAGUUUCUCAUCCAGCAGCAUUAUGUACUAGACAUGCAGGAGAGGGAGCAGCAGUUGCUGCUUCAGCAGCAGCAGCAGCAGCAGCAAAGUCCGCACGAGCAGCAGCAGCAGCAGCAGCAGCAGCAGCAGCAACAGCAGCCGUGGGCUCUGUUUUACCUGGAACGGCUGCAGCGGCGACUGCAGCAGCAGCAGCAGCAGUAUCAGCAGCAGCAGCAGCAGCAGCUGAGGCUGCUGCAGCAGCUCGAAGCAGCAGAAGCUUCUUCAGUUGUGGGGUCUCAUUUGCUGGCCGACUGGUAA